AAGUGGUUCCUAGCUCUCCCGUGUUGACACCAGCUACUGUUAGGAACAACCUACAACCAUCAGGUGUGUUAAUCUUCCACCUCCGACCCCACGUCUGCAGUAACGGCUCUGACAAGAGGAAGUCUUCUGACCCCGGUGACGAUCACCAUGAAGUGGGGCUGGGUGUUCCUGGGGGUCUUCCUCUCUUUGGGGGCCCUGUCCUGGGGAGACAAAGGCUUGGAGAUCCCCGAGUAUGACGGCAAAGACCGCGUCCACGCCCUCAGCUCCAAGAACUACAAGUCCAUCAUGAAGAAGUACGACGUGAUGGUGAUCUACUACCACAAGAACGUGGAGGGGAGCCGCAGCGCCACGAAGCAGUUUCAGAUUGAGGAGCUGGCGUUGGAGCUCGCAGCCCAAGUCCUGGCCGACCUGGACGACGAGGACAUUGGAUUCGGGCUGGUGGACGAAAAGAAGGACUCUGCUGUGGCCAAGAAGUUGGGUCUGGACGAGGUGGAGAGCAUCUACAUCUUCGCCGACAACGAGAUCAUCGAGUACGAUGGCGAGCUGGCCUCCGACACGCUGGUGGAGUUUAUCUAUGAUGUGAUCGAGGAACCAGUGGAGAUCAUCGACAACGAGCGGGAGCUGAAGGGCUUCCACAACAUCGAUGAGGUCAUCAAGCUGGUCGGCUACUUCAAGAGCGAGAAGUCUCCUCACUUCAUCGAGUACGAUGAUGCUGCCGAGGAGUUCCACCCCUUCGUCAAGUUCUACGCCACGUUUGACCCCAAGAUCGCCAAGAAGCUGAAGCUGAAGAUGAACGAGGUGGAUUUCUACGAGCCGUUCAUGGAGGACUCCGUCACCAUUCCAGGGAAACCCUACAUCGAGUCGGAGCUGGUGGAAUACAUCGAGCUGCACGACAGGCCCACUCUGAGGAAGCUGGAGCCUCACAGCAUGUACGAGAUCUGGGAGGACGACAUUAAUGGAGAGCACAUUGUUGCCUUUGCUGAGGAGGAUGACCCUGAUGGUUAUGAAUUCCUGGAAAUCCUGAAGGAGGUGGCACGUGAGAACACCGACAACCCAAACCUCAGCAUCAUCUGGAUCGACCCCGACAACUUCCCCUUGCUGGUGCCGUACUGGGAGAAGACGUUCGGUAUCGACCUCUCUGCUCCUCAGAUCGGUGUCGUUGAUGUCGAGGAUGCCGACAGCGUGUGGCUGGAGAUGGACGACGAGGACGACAUGCCCACGGCUGACGAGCUGGAGCAGUGGGUCGAAGAUGUUCUGUCUGGAAAGAUCGACCCAGAUGAUGAUGAUGAUGAUGAAGAUGAUGACGAUGAUGAUGAUGAUGAUGAUGAUGAUGAUGAUGACGACGAUGAUGAAGACGACGACGAUGAUGAUGACGACGAUGAUGACGAUGAUGAUGAUGAUGAAGACGAUGAUGAUGACGACGAUGAUGAUGAUGAUGAAGACGAUGACGACGAUGAUGAUGAUGAUGAAUAAAUGUUUACUACGAUCUUUUAUUUCAUUUUGAUUUAGCCAGAAAUGGCGAAAGCUAAAAGUAGAACCAUUUUUUUCUAACACCAGCAAACACACUGUCUGUUCGCCUCCUGUACGGUCUCCUACGAGGGACACAUCUCACGACCCUCUGGGAAACUUUAACUGUCAGUUAGCGAGGCAGAGGGUUCGAUUCCCUGCUCACCAACAGCUCUGGCGUUUUCUACCUUCUGUCACAGAGUCGCCCCCCCGUUCUCAUUUCCUCCACUUUACUGUAAUCCUGUUUCCAUGAUGUUUUCUACCUGAUGACGAGAAGAAACAAACUCGCUCUUGUACUAUUUUGAAAAGAGGAAAACCUGAACUCACUGGACAGUCUUAAAACUAUUGAAAUCUUGGGAAACCAUCAAAGUACCAGAUAAUAAAAAAUACUACAAUACAAGUUGUUUCUGCUCUCAUAUUAAAAAUGAAAAAGAAUAAUUCCAAA